UUAUAUGGACUUUGAAUUUCAUCACGAAAAGCUGUAAACAUGUUUGAGGCACGGCUCUCCAGCACUUUAACAUUAAAGAAGAUUGUAGAUGCGCUCAGGGAUAUACUGAACCAGAGCACAUUGGACUGCAGCGAUAUGGGAAUACAGUUGCAAGCCAUGGACAAUUCGCACGUCUCUCUGGUUUGCCUGUGCCUGCGCAGUGAUUACUUUGAGAAGUAUAAAUGCAGUCGGAACGUUUCCCUUGGGCUGGAUCUCAAAUCUCUGACGAAGGUGCUGAAGUGCGCCAAUGGAGAUGAUGCAGUCACCAUCAAGGCUGCGGACAAGGCGGACAAAAUCGAGCUCAGUUUCGAGUCGGUGGGCAAGGAGCGCACGGCCGACUACGAGCUGCGCCUGCUCAAUCUGGACCAGGAGCACCUGGCCAUACCUGAAACAGAGUACAGCUGCGUUAUCCACAUGCCAGCCGCAGAGUUCGCCCGGAUCUGCCGCGACUUGGCCGUGUUUAGCGAGUCGGUGGUCAUCGCCUGCUCCAAGAACGGCAUCAAGUUCUCUGCUAACGGUGAGAUGGGAUCUGCGAACAUAAAGCUAAGCGAGACUAGCAAAGGAGAGGUUACCUUACAGGUAGAUGAGCCCGUAACACUCUCGUUUGCCGGUCGAUAUUUGAACACGUUCACACGUGCCACGCCCCUGGCGGAAAAAGUGAAGAUCGGCAUGGCAGCCGAUGUUCCGUUACUUGUGGAAUACCCUAUCGAAGAUUAUGGCUAUAUACGCUAUUAUUUAGCGCCCAAAGUAGACGAUCCAGACAGUUGAGUGCAA